GGGGUGGGGGGGAAGAGGAGAACGGUGCCGUAAAGCGCGGACGAUGUCGGGGCGGGCGGGCGCCGCGGUGCCGCCGGCGUUCGAGAAGAGGGUCCUGGUGACGGGCGGUGCCGGCUUCAUUGCUUCACAUGUAGUGGUCUCUCUCGUGAAAAACUAUCCAAAUUAUCUGAUUAUAAAUUUAGAUAAGCUCGACUACUGUGCAAGCUUGAAGAAUCUUGAAACUGUCUCUGGGAAGGAAAACUACAAGUUUAUCCAGGGGGAUAUUUGUGUACCUGAUUUUAUAAAACACCUCUUUGAAACUGAGAAAAUAGAUAUAGUCCUUCAUUUUGCAGCCCAAACACAUGUAGAUCUUUCAUUUUGGCAUGCCCUGGAAUUCACCUACGUGAACGUUUAUGGCACUAAUGUGCUGGUUGCUGCUGCACAUGAAGCCAAUGUGGAGAAGUUUGUCUACGUUAGUACAGAUGAAGUAUAUGGAGGUAGCACUGAUGGGGAAUUCGAUGAAUCUUCACCAAAACGUCCAACAAAUCCCUAUGCCUCCUCUAAAGCAGCUGCAGAGUGUUUUGUUCAGUCUUAUUGGGAAAGGUACCAAUUUCCAGCUGUUAUCACACGAAGCAGUAAUGUUUAUGGACCACAUCAGUAUCCAGAAAAAGUUAUUCCAAAGUUUAUAUCUUUGUUGCAACAGAACAGAAAAUGCUGUAUACAUGGUUCUGGACUUCAAAGAAGGAAUUUCCUUUAUGCAACUGAUGUGGUAGAAGCAUUCCUUACUGUCCUGAAGGAGGGGAAGCCAGGUGAAAUUUAUAACAUUGGAACUAACUUUGAGAUGUCCAUUGCCCAGCUCGCUAAGGAGCUAAUCCAUUUAAUAAAGAAGACCAGUUCAGAAUCUGAAAUGGAGCACUGGAUGGAUUAUGUCAAAGACAGCAACAAUGAGUCUCUGCUUACUUUAGAUAUCACUCUCUCCAGAGUGAUUAGAAAUGACGUGUCUGCUGAUAGCAGGCCUACAAAUGACCUGAGAUAUCCAAUGAAUUCAGAAAAGAUGCACAACUUAGGAUGGAGACCUAAAGUGCCUUGGAAAGAAGGAAUAAAGAAAACAAUUGAAUGGUACAAAGAAAACUUUCACAACUGGAAAAACUCGGAGAAAGCUUUGGAACCUUUUCCUGUGACAGAGCCAUUUGCACAACUCAGUGGUCCGUAGGGUGGUGCAGAACCUGAAGGAGUUUUUUCUACCUCAUGCGAUCUUUCCUUCAAAGCCUGCAAUCAAGUGGCUGCGCCGGAGUCUGAAUGUUUUCAAGAUACGUGUGAUGAGUGCUACAGUGUGGCACAACUUUGGAACGGUUUCAACUUUUGGUGCAAUACUCUAUUCUCACUAGGUAUUGAUUUUAAAGACCUGCACAGAGUGAAGCAUAUUUAUAAUGCUGUAAAGUAGUGUAACUGAAGUAAAAUCUGCCUUAUUAACUAAGAAUAAUUAAUUGCAAUUAUAGCUUUGGGACUUUCAGUUAGAUUCGUUUUAGUUGUGAAAUCAUUCGUCUGUAUUAGUUCGUUUUUACAGUGUAAUAUAUUAUUUUUGUCACUUCAAAGAGUUAGGUUUUAUUUUUAAUCAAGAGGAGAAAUGUUAUAUUUUUUUGCGAGUCGAAAUGAGUUGAUAAAAGCUAGACAUGGCACCUGUAUUGUUCUGUCCAUUUCUCUUGGUGCAAUAUUAACUUCUGUAGAUGGCUGAUUAAACUGUUACCUACUGUAUAAUUUUAAAUGCCCCUUUUUAAGGAGAGCAAGGGGGAAAGGUGUCAAGAAGUAGCAGGUGUUCUUGCUGAGAUUUCCAGAAGCAUUUUCUUAAACUUGGUCCUCUUUUUACUGUAUUACUGUCUUUUACAUGUUAAUUUCCUUUUCUUAAAUGUAAUUGUAACAAACUUGAAAUACUGGAACACAGUUAACAUUCCAGUGAUAUUAUGUCCUGUGAUAUGAAGGCUGUUUAUAGAGAAAAUGUUUUUAAAUACUUCGUUUUCUGUGAAUUGUGGGUUGGCAGACCUUAUUCAAUGCAGUGUUUCACAAUUUUUUUUUCUGUAACAUUUUAAAGAUUAAACAAUAUUUGAAUUUUAAUGUAAAAUUUGGAAAAAAACUUCAAUUCUAGAAAUAUGUCAGUGAAUCUUUUUCUAAGUCGAUUCAGUAAUAAAAGUCAUGAUGUAACUGGUUUCUCUUAAUUAAGAAAAACAUACAGAAAAUGUGGAUGGUGGGGUUUUUUUAAAAAAAUAUUUCUUAGCUCCUUCUCUAUCCUGAAAAAAUUACCUUUUUUGGUGUUAAAAAAGUUUUCUUUGAGGUGGUGUGGAAGAUACAAAAGAGACCACUCUUCUUGGUUUUAUCGCUUGAGCUUCUGUACUUGGCACAGUCCCAGAUCCUUCUGUGGCCCCUGGGUAGAGCUGCAAGAAGCAUACGACUGGGAUGCUGUGGUGUUCUCAGCAGUUGUAGCGACUUCAAAAUUGUCUCAGAAAUUGGGAGGUAACUCUUAAAACACAAGUGCUCCCAACAUCAUCACACCUCUUGUGUGGUGCACGGUGCUUUUGAUAAAAUGCCACUUCUGUUUGGCAAGAGUCAUUCUAGAAAAAAGGCUGUUUCUAGGUGUACCAUAGUGCCAAGUAUGUGUUCUAAAGAUUAGGAGUGUGUUAUUGGAGGUGACAUUUCUAUGACAAACUGGGAUAAUAACGCUACGCUUGAACUGUGUGGCAGUUAUAUUUUUUGGAUUUCUGAUAUACUUGGUUUGGAAGUCAAAGCCUCCAUUUGGGAAGGAGGGAAGUUGCAGGGGUUAGUAUGUGUUGCUCUGUUAGCAUACUUGGUUUACCAGAUACGCUUCCAUGGAUAAAUCACUUAAAUUUCGUUGUCAAACACAUUGCUGGUGACAUUCAAAUAUUUUCUUAAUUUUUGUAUAUUUCUUCAGAUAUGGCUUACGUACAAUAUGCAUCCUUCCUUACAAUAUCCAUGUUCAUGUUUUGUGUUCUACAAAAACCAGUACCAGAAAUAGCUGACAUGCUGCAAAGAUCUGUUUUAGCUGUAUUUAGGGUUACCGUGGCAGCUGCUUUGGGUUAGAUGCACACAAGUCUGUAUAUUUCACAUCUGUUUAUACUGGAAUACUGGUUGUGGUGUGUUUUUAGGAGGAGAGAUUACAGAUUACUAAAAUCUUAUUAUAUAAAACCUACAUAAACCUUAAUUUGAAAUUAUUUUAAACAUUCAAAAUAGGUACAGUGUCUUUGGAACACUAAAAAUCAAUUAACUUAUGAUGGUGUUACCAGAAAUGCACAGAAGAAAGCAGUAGAGUGUGAUUGGUUUAUUGAUUAGAUCUGUUGAAAAUUGUUUUGAAUAUUUAGAUGCUGAAGAUGCAAGCUUUGAUAUUUAUGUCACUAUCCAAUCAAGUGAUAUUACCAGGAGUGGAUUUUUCAAAAGGAUCAAUUAAUUUUUAGUGGAAGCUGUUCUGGUUUAUUUAGGUUUUGAAGAUUUAAUCCUUCCAAGUGAUUGAGAUUUUUGGCUCAGUAUUCCUACUUUUAUUUAUAUACAUAUAAAUGUAUGUAUGCACAUUUUAAAUAUAUAUUUUUU